AUGACCGCCAAUCUCCCAUCAACCCCGAUGCUACCCGAUGAGCAAAAAUUGGCCGUCGACGGAUCCAACUGGGCGUCCUGGAAAGAAGCGGCCAUCAGCAUGGCCCGUGGCCGCGGAAUGACUGGGUAUAUGUACGGCACCGUUGUUGAUCCCUCCGGAGGAUACGUAGCCAACGCCACUGGGACCCCCCUCAAUUCGGAUAACCCAUCCCCGGACGAAUUCUUCAUACGCGACGGAUGGGUGGCAGCAAUGUUGUUUCAAAACAUGAAGGAUCCCCGAUCGCACGACAUCACCGGUUCGGACACCGCCUAUCGAAUGUGGACAGUCCUCAUGGCGAAAUUCAAUCGAAGCACCGACCUACUGAUCGGGAUGAAAGUGGAACGGCUCCGAGAACUUUCACUGAAGGACGCUCGGGUGCUCCCUGGGCAUAUCGAUGAACUCGUGAAGCGCCGCGCUGACGUCCACGAAGUCGGAGGAUCAAUCGACGAUCCGUUGAUGUGCACGAUUAUUCUGAACUCGCUACCGAAGGAGGAAUUUGGGACGGCGUUGAUCGCGUUGCAGAUGUACAAAGUGGUCGCAGCACUGAUCCAGCAUCUAAGGGAGUGGUGGGACCUCGUAUGGAAGAAACGGGUGGAAGAGGAACCUGGAUCGGCACCCGCAAAUGUGAUGUCUGUGAACAUUUCAUCAGCAUGCACCAAUUGCGGCGUCAACGGACACAAUCAAACCGGAUGUUGGGCUCGCGGAGGGGGAAAGGAAGGACAAGCACCUGGUUGGUGGAAAGCACCACGAGGAAUGGAACCGAAUCCGAGCUUGGUAGCAAGCCAUCAGCAAGCGCGCAUCGCCCGGCGGGCACAAGCAAACCAAGGACCCCCAUCCAUACCCAAUAACCACCACCCCGUCACUCCCACGGCCGCGUUUACAACACCCAUGCACACAUACGUACUCGCGGCAGAAACCGAUGGCUACGGUAAGCCGAGACGCUCAGGAGGUGGUGGUCGCGUAUCUGACGGCCCCUUCAGAAUCGGACGUGGAGAACCAGAUCCUGCCGUUCUGAGAGGGUCAGUAGAGCGUCCAUCCCUACCUGUAGUGUACGCAAUAGAAUCAGCCACUCCCCGCUCAAAUGCAAUCCCCACGUACCUCGACUCCGGCGCUUCGGAACACUGCGUAGUGAACAGAUCAAGAUUUGUCACAUAUGAGCCAACGCCGGGAAUGGAAGGGAACACUGCCAUCAAGUCGGGCGGUCAAUUCAGGAUCUUGGGGCGAGGCGACGUUGAGCUUACCGUUAAACUCGCAAGCGGCGAGCUGAGACAUGUGCGAUAUAACGCAGUGCACACCCCAGACUUCGGAAUGAACCUAGUGUCGCUUCCGACCUUGGAUGCUCGGGGAAUGCGUGGUUCAUGGGGAAACGGGACCCUGGCCGUGAUGAAUGUCGAUGGCGUCACUGUGCUGGAUGGUCAGCUAGCGUCGAAGGCAAUCGGUGGUCGGAGACUAUACCGAGUAGACGUGGUCGACGGGAUGGACGCCAGAACACCAACCGUGGCGAUUGCGGGACGCGACCGGAAACAACCGACGUCACUGCAGAAUUGGCACCGCCGACUGGGACAUUCCGACGUCAAGACCAUCCAACGAAUGGAAUCUAAAGAGUUGGUCAGCGGUUUGGACGUUCUCGGAAAAGAGAUCGUGGGGAUGUGCCGAGACUGCAUCCUCGGCAAGCAGGACCGAAUGCCAUUUGACGAUGUGGUUACACAUGAAACCGAGCCGCUCGAGAGAGUCCACCUGGACCUGUGGGGAAAAGCUAGAACGCCGAGCUUCGGAAACGCAAUAUACUUGCUCUUGAUAUCAGACGGGGGAUCAGGCAUGAAGUUUCCGGUCUUCCUGACAAACAAACGGAAGGAGACAGUGCUACGAGCGUUCGCGGAAUGGUUGGUUGAGGCCGAGGUGCAGACCGAACGAAAGCUGAAGGUGGUCCGCGUUGAUCUUGGGAGCGAAUUCGACAACGAUGUUUUCACGGACUUCUGCCGCAACAGAGGGGUUGCCAUGGAAAGAGUACCUAAGGCAUCGUCAUCAGCACACGGCCAUGCGGAGCGGGGAAACCGGACAGUCAUAGCUGGCGCUCGGACGCAAUUGAUUGAAUCGGGACUCGACCCAAGAUUUUGGGCGGAGUCAAUGGCGGCACAUUGCUACGUUCGAAGCUUCGUACCAUCGGCAAGGCACCCAGAUUCGAUCCCAUGGAUGCGAUGGUUCCAGAAGAAGAAUGAGAACGGCGAACUGGUCAAACCAAAUAUAUCGCACCUUCGCGUAUGGGGAAGCACAUGCUGGGUCAAGGACCUCGACAACAGCGAAGGGAAGCUGGGCCGGCAAAGCUGGGAAGGUCGCAUGGUGGGGUACAUGGGCAGGCGGGGAUACCGCAUAUACGACCCACGCCGAAUGAGAGUCUUCGAAGUCCGGAACGUGAUCUUCGAGGAGGGCGAACCUCACCGAACACAGGCAAACCCUGGCCACGAGGAUGGCGAAGGCAUACUGAGUCAGGACAAGGAAUCAGAUCCCUCCCCGGAGCAUGACACCGAACGCGAUGAACGUCAAGUCGAAUCACAGAUGACCACGGAGGAACGCCAGGACCAGGGAACUCCAGACCUCACACCCCAAGCGACAGUGCCCGAGUUACCGAGGCGCAGCGGACGAGUGCCAAAACCCAGCCGGGCUAUCUUGGAGUCGCAAGUCUCAAAUCAAAUCGAGGAAGAGGCACGCAGAGCGGGGGAAGAUUGGGCGAAGGAUGCUGUCCGGCCCUGA